AAAUGUUGACAUUGCGGAAUUCGGGGCCCGUCAUUUCAGAGUCUUAGACAUUUUUCAUUUUUCAGCAAUUUAUUAAUAUCUUGUCAUCUGCCAGAUAAUUUCUUUGUGUGUAUUCGCAGGAUAGCAUGAUUCCGUUGCAUCUAAAAUGACGACCAACCACUCUUUCCCGCUCCAUGAAUGUGUUUUUCAUGACGAUCUGAAACAACUUUCAGUUCUUCUUCGCUCGCACAAAUACGAUAUUGCACAGAAAGAUGUGCACGGAAACUCACCACUUCAUCUAUCUGUCAUCCUGGGUCAUAAAGAUUGUAUGCACCUGUUAUUAGCCCACGGUGCACCUGUCAAAUCCAAAAAUGUCCAUGGAUGGAACCCAUUAGCAGAAGCCAUCAGUUAUGGAGACAGGAAUACAAUAUCCCUGUUGCUACGGAAACUGAAACAACAAUCGCGGGAGCUCCUGGAGCAGAGGAGGCCUCAACUCGUCCAGCUUCUAACAGAACUAGGUGACUUCUACAUGGAGCUUCAUUGGGAUUUUCAAAGCUGGGUUCCGUUAGUGUCAAGAAUUCUACCGUCGGACACCUGUAGGAUCUACAAGAAGGGCGCUCAGAUACGUUUGGAUACGACCCUUGUGGAUUUCUCGGAGAUGAAGUGGCAGAAAGGCGACCUGACCUUUCUUUUCGAUGGUACGGUGACCCCUGAAAGGUCGCUGGUCUUUCUCGACAACGAGAGUAAAGUCUACCAAAGAUUAUCCUACGAGCAAUCAGAAGCAGAGCUGGAAGAAGAGGUCGAUAUCCUAAUGAGUAGCGACAUCGUGACGGUCAACCUAUCAACCAAACCGAUCACCUUCAAUAGAUCUCAGAGUGGAUGGCUGUUCAGGGAAGAUAAACGAGAGCUCGUUGGAAGCUUCUUUGCCAACUUCUACGAUGUCAGCGGGGUCGUUAUAGAAUCAAGAAAAAGAAGAGAACAUUUAUCAGACGAAGAUAUACAAAGGAACAAGGCAGCAGUAGAGAGUAUAAGUAAAGGAUCCCCUUCCUUAGAUUGCUUUCCAAGCCAAAGAAGACCUUCAUUACCUCCACCUCCUGAGUCAGUGCUGACAUGGGAGGAGUAUAUUCAUGCCGAUAGAGGAAGAGCCUUAACCUUGCUAGGGAGACCUCAAAUCAGCAAAGAGAUGAGAAAGAUGUUCAAAGCAACAGUUGCCAUGAGUGAAGACUUCCCAAUGGAGGUGACAGACUUACUAAACAUGCUUGAAGUGCUAACCUCAAUGAAACAUUUCAACAAGUUAAGAGACUUCGUCCAGAUGAAACUACCGCCAGGGUUUCCAAUUAAGAUAGAUGUUCCCGUCCUACCAACCAUAACGGCGCGCGUCACGUUCCAAGCCUUCCAAUUCAGAGACAACAUCAGCCCUUCACGCUUUACCAUUCCAUCGGACUACAGAGAAAACACCAGUAGAUUUCGUGACCUUUAACCUUGACAUCAUAGCGAAUGACAUUAGGAGUUUCCUGGCAAGCUGAAUGGGGUGCUGCUUCAGGGGUGGCUGAUUUUCUCAAGCGUUUCUGACAUAGCACCAAGUUUGAGUCUUUCUUCCAUGGAAAUGUUUGUUUUAAAACAUGUUUUAAAAUGCAUUUGGAAUUUAUUUGAAUCAUUUUUUUUAAACGGGAAUGAAAUUAGGAGUUUCCUGGCAAGCUGAAUGGGGUGCUGCUUCAGGGGUGUGUGCUUUUCUCAAGCAUUUCUGACAUAGCACCAAGUUUGAGUCUUUCUUCCAGUUUUGGCACAAUAGAAAUGUUUGUUUUAAAACAUGUUUUGAAAUGCAUUGGAAUUUAUUUGAAUCAUUUUUAAAUGAAAAUGAAAUUAGGAGUUUCCUUGCAAGCUGAAUAGGUACUGCUUCAGGGACAUCUGAUUUCCUCAAGGUUUUCUGACAUAGCACCAGGUUUGAGUCUUUCUUCCAGGGUUGGCACAGAAAUUCUUGUUAUGAAACAUGGUUUAAAAUGUGUUUGGAAUCGAUUUAAAUAAUUUUGAUAACAAUAAUGAAAUAAGGAGUUUCCUGGAAAGCUUAAUGGGAUGCUGGUACAGGUAUAUUUGCUUUUCUCAAGGUUUUCUGAUAUAGCACCAUCUUUAAGUCUUUCUCCCAGGGUUGACACAAUAGAAGCAUUUCUUUCAACAUGCUUUAUAAUGCGUCUAUGAUCGACUUAAAAUCAUUUUUUUUAACAAUUUAAAAUGAUUUAAAACAUAUUAGACCGCCAAUUCUAUUUUAAAAUUUGUUUUCUUGUUAAUCACAACCCUGUUUUCUCCUGUUAUCAGUGACAUUGGAACUAUCACUCUCUUUAUGGUUUGUAAUGUUUCAAGAGUAAGUAUAAAUCUUGUGAUUUAAAAUGUUCUCUGAUCAGGGAUGUAGUCGAGGCCAUUUUGUUUUUAUUUAUGAGGCCGCAGGAGAAACCUUUCUCUUUCUUUGUACACGUGACUCGGACUGAGGCCAAGGCCGGCAAAAUGUGGCCGAAAUGCCGGCCGUUACUGCAUCCCUGCAUAUUACCUCAUCUAGAUGGAGUGUAAGAUCAUCCAAGUGGUCUGCACAAUUAGAGAAUUUUCAAGUUUCUUUUGUGCAGGUUUUGAUCUGAAACCACAUUCUAGGGUGAGACGAUGUAACCUACAGAGCAAUGGACAAUAUGUUCAGGUACCCUGAAAAAAAUCUUACCCUCAGGAGAGUACAGUCUCUAAAGACAGGUGUUUCUUUUAUUUCUGUACAUUUAUCAUGAAUGAGCCAAUAAAAAUUAAAGAAAAUUGUCAGAUCCGACAACUUGUCAGACGAAAAUGUUGAUGAAACAUUCCCCCGAUGGACCUUUGUCUUUUGUACAGGCUAGACUGCAUUUAUCAGGGAAGCCACAUUAUUGGUUUUUCAUUGCAUUUUUGCGUUGCAUUGAUUUGUAUUUUUUGGGGCCCUUACAAAUCAUAACAUGUGGGGGGUAUUUCAUGAAAGUUAUCAGCACUGACUUUACUGUCAUUGCUGACAACUUCAAUGAAAUCCUUGCUUUUGAUUGGCUGAGAGGCACUUGCCUCUGACAGUUACUAUAGUAACUGUCAGAGAAAGUCAACUUGUCAGUGCUGACAACUGUCAUGAAACGCUCCCCAUAAAUAUGACAAAUGUGUGUGCUUUGUCAUUUUUUUUUCAUCCACACAUUCCCGUUUUCAAAGGGUACGUGCAUAGAGUGAUAGACCAAGUAUUAUGGUUCUACUGGCUAUCCAUAGUUGUGAUCAAUUAAAUUAAUCACACUCCCUUGUGGAACAGGGCCCAAAACUAGUUGUGAAGAUUGCUGCAAAGUUGGUCAUUUGUGACAAAGAUCAUGAAAGAGUACGGGUACAGAGAAGAUGAAUGUAAUCUAGAAUUAUUUAAUCAUAUUUGAUUUCAAGAUGAUAUUAUCAUGUACUGACUGUGAUUGAUUUUGGAUUGUUAGAUUGUAGAUAUCAU